GCACCGGAUUUAAGGGGGUCGUAUACAUUGCCGAAAGAUCACAUCGAACUCGAUCGGAGUCUCGGUUCCACCUUUGACUCUUUUUUUCUCUCUCUCUCAAGGGUCAAGCCACUUCACUUCAGCUUAAGCGAGAGAGGGAGAGAGAGAGAGAGAGAGAGAGAGAUUGAGAUGGACUUGGAAGGAACUCCUGGUCUCCAUGGAUACCGCAUGCCCGCCGAGUGGGAAACGCAUGCAAAGUGUUGGAUGGGUUGGCCUGAACGCCCAGAUAACUGGAGAAAUAAUGCAGUGCAUGCCCAAAGUGUAUAUGCCAGGAUAGCAUCUGCAAUCUCAAAGUUUGAGCCUGUAACUGUAUGUGCAAGUGCUGCUCAGUGGCCCAAUGCACGAAGUGAGCUGCCAAAAAAUAUAAGACUGAUUGAGAUGAGUAUGAAUGACUCUUGGUUUCGUGAUACUGGACCAACUUUUGUAGUUAGCAAGAACGCGUCAAAUUCUGGUACCUCAAAGCCGAAGGUUGCUGGCAUUGAUUGGAAUUUUAACAGUUGGGGAGGCAUUGAUGAUGGUUGCUACCAGGAUUGGAGUCUUGACUGCCUAGUUGCAAGGAAGAUCUUGGAGAUUGAGAGGAUUCCUAGGUUUCCACAUUCUAUUGUUCUGGAAGGUGGAAGCAUCCACGUUGAUGGAGAAGGAACAUGCCUUACCACAGAGGAGUGCCUUUUGAAUAAAAACAGGAACCCACAUUUAAAUAAGGGGCAAAUAGAGAAUGAACUCAAGGCAUAUCUUGGGGUCAGGAAGGUUAUUUGGUUGCCUUGUGGAUUAUACGGUGAUGAUGAUACUAAUGGUCACAUUGACAACAUGUGCUGUUUUGUGAAACCUGGCGUGGUUUUGUUGUCUUGGACCGAUGAUGAAAAUGAUCCUCAGUAUGAACGAUCUGCAGAAGCCUUUUCUGUUCUUUCUAGUGCUACUGAUGCCAAUGGUAGGAAAUUAGAAGUGAUUAAACUCCAUGUUCCAGGGCCACUUUACAUGACAGAUGAAGAGGCAGCUGGAAUAAUUCAGGAUGGUGAGGCUAAGCUGAGACUCCCAGGUACAAGACUUGCCGCUUCAUAUGUGAACUUCUACAUUGCCAAUGGAGCAAUAAUCUUACCACAAUUUGGGGACCAAAAGUGGGAUGAUGAAGCUGUUCGUGUUGUAUCUCUAGCCUUUCCAAAUCAUGAAGUGGUAAGAAUCGAAGGAGCGAGAGAGAUUGUUUUGGCAGGUGGAAACAUACAUUGCAUUACUCAACAACAACCGGCCAUUCCGGAAUGCUGAAGGAACCAUGUGGGCAUGGAUUUAUUAAUUAAUAUUCAUUAUUCAUAUCGAGAUUAAUCACUUCCAUUUUAUAUGUCAUAUGUGUGGUGUUGCAUUCAGAUGCUAAUCUCUACUACUCUUUGCCCCGCACCCCCACAGAGGUGGUAGUAAUGUAUGAUUUGCUCUUCGUUUCAUUUAAAGAAAGAAAAACAAAAAGAGUUGCAUCA